UAUGGUAAAGGAUCGACAUUGCACCAAACGCUAAACAGCAUGGAUCUUCUAGACCUUACAAAACAAGUGUCUGCCAGUGCUGUACUGGAUCCCUCCACUACAGCCACUAUCAAGCACCGCUGCACUUUCCAUCACUACUGCUGCGAUGGCAUUGACGACAAAAAUUGGGGCUGUGGUUAUCGGACGUUGCAGUCGCUGUGUUCCUGGGCUGUCGGACAGGUUGCCAUCACCACUUCUGUCCCCAGUGUACGCGAUAUUCAGCAGAUCCUAGUGGAAGUCGGAGACAAGUCUAAAUCACAUGUUGGGUCACGGGAUUGGAUUGGAACAUAUGAGGCUUGCAUGGUUAUGGAUCAUUUGUAUUGGGUGUGUGGUUCAAUCCUAAAUAUGAUGGAUGCAUUGCGCAUGAUUGCGUGCAGGAUAAUCCACAUGCCCCAGGGUGCUAGCAUACUGGACCAAUUGCCUGUCCUAUCAGCUCACUUCACUGAGAACGGCUCACCAGUCAUGAUUGGUGGUGAUGUAGAUGGAGCGUCGAAAACCUUGCUAGGAGUAUCCACACAUCCUCCACUCUUUCUCAUUGCAGACCCUCAUUACGUUGGCCCCUCAGAUAAGGAUAUUGUUAUAGCUAGCGGAUUUAUUAAAUGGCAUGGACCGGAACUAUUCCAAACUUCAUCUUUUUAUAACUUUUGUCUACCUCUAUCUAAUUAAUUUUUGACCCUGCA